AUGACAUCGCUCGGCGCCAAAGGGAAAACGGCACAGGAGAUGGAAAAGACGCUCGAAGACACGUCUAUUGACGCGUUAGUUCAAGAUUUGUACGAAGAUUUAAUCAAAGAGUUGAAUUCAGUCAAAGAAGUUGUCAUUAGCACAGUUAACGGCAUCUUCAUCAACCCUGCCGUAGAUAUUAAGCUACAAUUUACAAAACAAGUUGAAAUGAAAUACGGGGCGAUAACCAAGAAUUUUGACUUAUCCGUCCCUGAAGGACCCGAGAAAUCAAUCAAUGACUAUAUUGCUGAAGCCACGAAAAACAAUAUUAAAAACGUUCUUUCAAAAGGAUCUAUCACAGCGAACACUGCUAUGGUUUUAGUCAACACAAUUUUCUUUAACGGAACCUGGGAGACGGGGUUCGAAAAAACACCGAAACAAAAUUUUUAUAAACAGCAGGGGAAGGCAAAAGAGACCAAGAUGCUAGAAAUGAUGACUAAAAACAUGUACCUUCAAUACAAGAGGGAUAAAACAAACCAAGUCGACGUGGCCGAACUACCAUUCGAUGGAGGAAGGUUUGCUUUGUACAUAGCCCUGCCACAUAAAGUGGACGGUAUCGCAAGUCUAGAAAAGCUGUUAUCAAAUCCGGUUCAAAUGAUUCAGCUGUUCUCUGACAUCAGAUCAAAAUACGUCCGAGUCAAGAUUCCCAUAUUCACGACAGAGACGACACUUGACUUGAAGCAACCUCUCAUUGAUCUCGGCAUGGUCGAGGCGUUUGGUCCUGGAGCUGAUUUUUCUGGAAUCGCCACCUCAGGAAACAUCUGCAUCAGCCAAGUCAUUCACAAGGUCAGAUUUGAAGUCACAGAAACCGGCAAGGUCGGGGCACCAACUUCUCCGAGUUCCGUUACGCCGGAAGCGGACUUUCUAGUGGAUCAUCCGUUUCUGUAUUUUCUCAAGGAUAAAAAAUCCGGACAAUUUUUGUUCCAAGGAAAAUAUUCCGGUUAG